AUGGAUCAGUACUCUGAUUGUUGUCCUCUGAUUGACUGUUUUGUUGUUGUAGAGCAAGCUUUUGUUUGUUCUAAGAGGAUAUCUUCUCAUAUUUUACUGCCUUGUAGUUCUUUUUCUGUAAUGUUGGCCCAGUUAAAAGAAGUGUUGUCAGUAGAACAACUUGUCUGA